GCUGUUCGAAUGAUUGUCACAGUCAGUCACGUGAAAUCUUUCGGCCGCUCGUCUCACUCGUCGUGUGCAGCUUACCCGUCUCGAUUGUAAACCGUCGCCGGAAAGACCGUUCCUUCCCGCAGCCGAGCAAAUAGACAAAACCAUGUUCGCCACCAUUGCCGACGUCCGCGGGCUGAUGACGAUUGUCGUCGUACUGCUGAUCGGCCAAGCCGUCCAAGCCGCCAAUAACCAGCGCGAAAUGAAUACGAUAGUCAACCCGGUAAAAGUCUCGAACGCGAAAGGUCCCAGAUGCCACCACCCGACGACACACAAUUGCAACACUUCCGUGUACCCAAUUUUGGACUGGGAAUUGUCUGGAUGGUUCUACCACUCGAUGUUCAAAUCAUGCCGACCUCUGUACUCUGCGAAGGGUGGAAAUGUUUGCAUUGAAAACGAAGACUUGCCUACUACCAGAGAAAUGUGCGAAGACUUAUGUGGUGAAUCGUGCGUCAUGAGCAAUGGUUCGACUGGCAUUUGCAUGUUCAAUCAAAUGUGCAAGAUCAUAAACAACAAGCCCUCCGCCCACCCGAGACCGUGUGGCAGUUACAACGUAAAUUGUUGUCCCAAGGUAUCCGACAGCAACUUGGUUCCAUACAUAGAUAGCAGCGGAAAUGGCGAUCUUGGAAACCGCAUAAACGCCGCUGACCAAUCGUCCUCUCAAACCGGUACACUUUACGUCUAUCGUCUUCCGAAUACUCCAUUUAUGGAAGGAAAAGUCAACAAGUAGUACUCUUACUUUUCCCAGUAACAUUGUUAUUCUGUUUAACACAUAGUUACUGAGGUGUUUUUUUUAAAUAUUAUUAUUAUUAUUAAAAUUAUUUAUAUUAUUAUUAUUACUAUUAUUAUUAUUGCAAUAAUUAUUGUUAUCAUAAUAUAAUAUACUAUGAUUAUUUAUUACGCAUAACGUCACCGAAAAGGUUUCAACCCGUGCAAUACGUCAACAUAACACCGUAUACUGACCGACCGUUGUACAUGCCUUAAAUUAUAUCCUUAUUAUCAUAAUAUUAUCCUGUAUUGGUUGUAUUGUACGAAAAUGAAUUGUUCAAAGACUCAAGGCUUGCGUUCCAUCGUACAAU